UAUUUCUUUACUAUAUUCUGUAUCAUAAGUUGCCUAUCGUUACAUUCACUUCACAUUUGUUUAGAUAACAAAAACUUAAAUUUCUACUCAUCCUGGCAACCUCAACUAAUGUCUGUUUUCCAAGUCAAGCAGGAUUAGCAAAGCAACAACUACCUCUAUCUUCCUUAAACACUGUGCAAUUAUAGCGUGGCUAUGUAUGCCUUGUUGGCCUCUCCUACCUGCGUAGCGAUGCCCCGCAAAGGUAAUAAUCCGUGUACCGUUAACUGCUUCAUGGUUAGCUCGCUUACUUCAUAAGCCUCAACUUCUUCGCACGCUGAAUGGAUAUCAACACACGACGACGUGUCCCGAAGUCGCGCAAACAGGUUUUCGACCUAUUCCUAAGCUUAGUAAUACGGCGAGGAAUGUUGCGUGCUGAUGUGGAUUUAAAAUCGCCAAACGCCAGCUAACAAAGUAAAUAAACAAGUGAAAUACAAUGGAAACGAAAAGCAAAGCGAAGGAGAAAUAUAAACUAAAUCAGUGCAAAGCGGACAACGAUGAAGUUAAAAGUAAACUGACAUUUGAGAAGAAAUCAAUUGAAGAUAUUAAUGAAGAUGCUAAACACACAAGUGCAAAUAAAAAUGGAAUUGUUUAUAGUGAAACACUCAAAAUGGAAACUAAAGAAUUGAAGAAGAAAUAUUUUCAAUUACGCUUGGAUGUUGACAUGGUGUCAAUGACUCUUUUUAUUAUUGCUGUUUUGACAAGAAUGUACAGACUGGAUGAGCCUAAAAACAUUGUCUUCGAUGAGCUCCAUUAUGGUAAAUACAUCUCUCUAUACUUAAAAAACACAUUCUUCUUUGAUGUGCAUCCACCUUUGGGUAAACAACUCGUCGCUGCUGUCGCUUUUCUAACCGGCUACGAUGGAAAAUUUAAAUUCGACCGCAUUGGUUCAUCAUACACCGAAAAUGUUCCACUGCUUGCAUUGAGGCUAGUACCAGCUUUAUUUGGAAGUCUACUCAUCCCAACUGCAUAUCACUUAAUGUUUGAGUUGGGUCUCUCGCAAUGGACUGCAAUUCUAGCUGCAUUGUUAUUAUUGUUUGAUAAUGCAAUGCUUACACAAAGUCGGUUCAUCUUAAUGGAGACUCCAUUGCUAUUUUUUGCCUUGUUUGGCAUUUUAUGCAUUUUAAAGUACAGAAGAUGGCGGGUGUACUCAUUCGGUUGGUUUCUAUGGCUUGCUUUAGGAUGUGCAAGUCUCACAUGCGCAUUGAGCGUAAAAUACGUCGGUUUUUAUUCUUGUGCGUUAGGAGCAACGAUUAUUGCUUUUGACUUGUGGCGCAAAAUGGCGGACACCACAAGAAGCGAUCGUCAAUUAUCACGCGAAUUUUUCACAAUACUCAUGAUAGGUUUAACUGUACCGACUUUUAUCUACGUUGGUGUAUUUUAUGUUCACUUGGAGACGUUACACAAAGCUGGCCCGCAUGAUAGUAUCAUGACAAGCGCUUUUCAAGCAAGCUUAGAGGGUGGCCUAGCAUCCAUCACAAAAGGUCAGCCAUUGUAUAUUUCUCACGGGUCACAGGUUACAUUAAGACACACUCACGGACGAACAUGCUGGCUUCAUUCACAUCAACACGUAUAUCCUGUACGAUAUAACGAUAAAAGAGGUUCCAGCCACCAGCAACAAGUGUCCUGCUACUCAUUUAAGGACGUAAACAACUGGUGGAUAGUAAAACGCCCGGAUAAAAAUGAUUUAGUUGUGGAGCAACCCGCAGAUAUCAUAAAACAUGGCGACGUUGUUCAAUUUGUUCAUGGAAUCACUUCCAGAGCAUUGAAUGCGCAUGAUGUUGCAGCACCAAUGUCACCACAAUGUCAGGAAGUUUCUUGUUAUAUUGAUUACAAUGUUUCAAUGCCUGCGCAAAAUAUGUGGAAGGUAGAGAUUCUCAAUCGGGACCAAUAUGGUGACACAUGGAACACAAUUCAGAGUCUUGUGCGAUUGAUUCAUGUAAACAGUGGGCAGGCGUUAAAAUUCACGGGGAAACAAUUGCCGGAUUGGGGUUUUCAUCAGCACGAAGUCGUGACUGACCGGAUUAUUAUUCAGGAUGAUACUGUUUGGAAUGUUGAAGAGCACAGAUAUACAAAAUCUGAAGAUCAAAAAGAACGUGAAAGAGAUUUAGUCAACGCGGAAAUGAUACCGACAGCCGCAACGCAAUUGUCUUUCUGGGACAAAUUCUACGAGUUGCAUUAUAAAAUGAUAUUCAGUAAUACGGAUGGAGUGCAGAAUCACAUGUACAGUUCGGAACCGCUCGAAUGGCCAUUGAUGUCACGCGGAAUCGCUUAUUACGUCUCACAGACUAGUAAUGCACAAAUUCAUUUAUUGGGUAAUAUCAUCGUUUGGUUUUCUGCAACGUUCUCUUUAGCGCUGUAUUCCGCCUUAUUAGUGUUUUAUUUACUGCGCCGGCGCAGACAUUGUUUCGAUAUUGACGAAACGCAAUGGUCAUCGUUUCUCCUCUUCGGCGAAGUUUUCUUUCUGGGUUAUUUAAUCCACUACGUGCCUUAUUUCUUCGUCGAGCGCACUUUAUUCCUGCAUCAUUACUUGCCUGCGUUUACUUUUAAAGUUUUACUGACUGCCGCGAUGGCCGAACAUGUUUUCCAUUUACUCAAGCAAAAGUGGCUUAAGUAUAGUUUUAUCAUUGGUAUUUUAACUUGGGUCUGCUGUGUCGCGUUCGUAUUUAAGAAAUUCACCGUAUUAAGCUACGGUGUGACUGAUUUAUCGACUGACGACAUUUUGAAGCUAAGAUGGCGCGACACGUGGGACUUCAUCGUUCAUAAAAACACCUAAGUGACUUAAGAUGAAUCUAUGAAAGUAUAAGAGAUAUUUUAUUUUAUUGUAUAACCAAAAAGCGAACAACACCGUCCAUUAUUUGAAGAUAAUAUAUACGUGUUAUUUAUAUUAUAAACGUUAAGCAUACGAAA